UUUUUUCUCAUUUUCUUUGAUUAAACACGUCUAAAUUAGAUAUAAAUAUGAGUGGAUUUAAUAUAUUUUGAUAUUUAUAUAUGUUUUUAUAAGAAAUUCCAAAAAAUGGGGACUGAAAAUGAAGAACCUGGUCCAGGAGAUACAUUGGAAAUAUUGAAAAAAAAAGCGGCAAUUUUUGAAAAAGGCGUUAAUUAUCCUAUAAAAUUAUGGAUUUCUACUGCUAGAAAGCUUUAUGAUCAGGCAUUCAAGUAUGAAAAUGAAUCUCGGCUUGAGAUAGCUUAUGUAAAGUACUUGAGAGCAUCGUCUAUUGUUAUAGAAGUUAUUCCUAGCCAUAAAGAUUAUGUUUUAUUUAAAAGUCAGGGUGGGCCUAUUUUAAAGCAAUAUCAGGAGCUUAGACAGGAAACAUCAUUAUCUUUCUUUAGAUUUCAAAAAAUCCAUCAGAUUUUGAAGUUGAGAGAUAUUGAAAAGAUGUCAUUAAAUAAAUCUAAUACAGUGGUAAAUACAAAAGAAUCUUUCCUCCGUUCUUCUUCUAAAUCUGUUUCUCCUGAAUUGAUUCAAAGAGAUCUGAAGCCUGGUUUGAGUUAUAGUUUUUCUUUAAAUGAAAAAAUAGAUUUUCCAAAAAAUGAUCAUAUGGAAAUAUCUGAUAUUAGGCGUAGUCAAAGUAUAGAUCUAUUGAAUAGUCAAUUUAGAUUACCUACUCCUAUUUCUUUUCCUUUUAAGUUUUCUCCUACUAAUACUGAUUUAAAAUUAUCUUUUUCAGAAACUAAUAUAGACAAGGAUAUGAAUCCGUUUACAUCUAGCAGUCUACUUACUGAUUUAAAUAAAAAACAUGUACUUUCAGAUCAAAUAACUAUAUUUCCGAAUUUUUCUUUUAUUGAUUCAGAUACAUUAUAUAAGUAUAUUAUUUCUAAAGAUAAUAAAUCUCGAAUUUUAUUUUUAGAUAUAAGGCCAAGAAGUGAAUUUAAUAAAUUUAGGAUUGCUUCAGAAAAUAUAGUUUGUAUAGAACCUAUUAUUUUAACUUUGCAAGAAGAUAUAUCAGGUGAUCAAUUGGAAGACUCAUUGAUAAUAUCGCCAUUAUCAGAACAGAAAACUUUUUCUAAUAGACAUAAAUUUGAUCUUAUUGUUUAUUAUGAUUGGGAUAGUAAAAACGAUAAUUUAAGUGGAAACAUUUCUCAAAAUGAAAAGGCUCGCAUAUUCUAUAAUUUAAAUAAAGCUAUAUACAAUUAUGGUGGAUUUCAAAAACCAUUAAAACAUAUACCUGUAUUGCUUUCUGGAGGUCUUAAAGAAUGGGUUAAUUUUAUUAAAAAAAAUGAUAUUUUUUGCGAUUUUAUAGAAGGAACUAAUACUCACAAUAUAAGAAAUGGUUUUACGGAAAAUAUUUUGCCUUCAGAUCAUGAAUCAAAUUAUUUAUAUUUAAAAUCAAAUAUUAACAUUCCUAAUUCUUAUGCACCAUCUGAUUAUUCUUUAUAUAGUGUUGAUAUAGGACUUGAAAAGAAAAAUCAUAAGAAUUCAAUAGAAAUGACAAUGUCUAUGGAGAAAUUUCAAUCAUUGUUUAAAAAUAACAUGAAUUUAACAGAUAAUAAGGAUAUUUCGUCAGGAUCAAAUAAUGAUUUACAUUUAAAGAUGAAGGAGAAAUACCCUUCACACCUUACCUUAUCUCAACAAUCAUUAAUAAAGUUUAUGCCUUAUUUUGAAACAAAUGAUAUUCAUAACUCUUUAAGAGAUUACCAUAAUAUAAAUAAAUAUGAGUUUUUGUCUCAGAAAAUGGAUAUUAAUGAUCUUAAUAAUUGUGAAAAAAAGGGAAUCUCUUCUAAUAAUCCUUUUUAUGAUUUUAUAGAACCUAAGAAUACUAAUAAUGAAUUUCCUCGACGUUCAACUUCCAGAGAAUAUAACUCUUUGGAUAGCUAUAAAUUUAAACAGCCUUCGUUAUCUGAUAUAAAUUCUAUUAUUACAAAACCUCAAACUCUUACAUCUCAAAUUUAUAAUACAGAACAGUUUUGUGUUCGUGGAAUUAUAGGUGCUACAGGAUUAACAAAUUUGGGUAACACAUGUUAUAUGAAUGCUAUUAUACAGUGUUUAAAUAGUACUAUUCCUUUUGUGAGAUAUUAUAGAGAUGGAAGUUAUAAAAAACAUAUUAAUUUCAAUAAUCCUUUGGGAUAUAAAGGAGAGCUUGUUCAAACAUUUGCUCGGUUAAUUACAUAUCUUUGGGAUAACGAACAUACAUAUGUAUCUCCACUUUUUUUUAAGAAUGUUGUUGGACGACUUAAAGAACAAUUUCGUGAUAAUGACCAGCAAGAUUCUCAGGAAUUUUUGGCUUUUCUUUUAGAUGGGCUUCAUGAAGAAUUAAAUAUUGCAGCCGGUCAAUUAAGACCAAAAGAAUUAACACCAGAAGAAGAAUUAAAAAUAGAAAAUAUGCCUGAUAAAAUUGCUUCAAAUAUUGAAUGGCAAAAAUAUGUCCGUUUAAAUAAUAGCAUUGUUGUUUCUCUUUUUCAAGGACAAUUACAAAGUAGAUUAAAAUGUCUAACAUGUGAUUUUCAAUCUACUACAUAUAAUCCUUUUACAUAUCUUUCAUUGCCAAUACCCCUUACGCAGGCUAAAACUUCGACUUUAUAUGAAUGUCUUCAAUUUUUUGUGCAAAAAGAAUACCUUAAGGAUAAAGAACAAUGGUAUUGUUCUAAAUGCAGAAAACCAAGAGAUGCUACUAAAACUUUAACUAUAUCUAAAAUUCCUCAGAUACUUUUAAUACAUCUUAAACGGUUUCAAACAUGCGGGCAUUGGAAAGAUAAAAUCAACACCAAAAUUGAUUUUUUAAUUAAUAAUUUUGAUCUUACUGAUUUUUUACUCGACAGUACACAAUCUCUUUCUGAUCCACUUAAUCAUGGACAAUAUCUUUAUCAUUUAUAUGCCGUUACAAAUCAUUAUGGAAAUUUAGAUGGAGGUCAUUAUACUGCAAUGGUAAAAAAUAGUUUUACAAAUUCUUGGAACUUAUUUGAUGAUCGUCGUGUGGUUUUUUGUAGUGAACGGGACGUUGUUUCACCUGCUGCUUAUAUCUUAUUUUACAUAAGAAAUAAUGUUGUGUGAUUUGCAUUUUGAUAAUAUCAUUAAAAAGAAAUUCAUAAUAAUUUAUAACAUAUUUUAAUGAGAUUGACACAUUUUUAUUGAAA